AUGCCGCCCCACCAGCCGAUCGGCAAGAGCCCGGGGCCAACGCCAUUUGCAGAGGCUACUAGCGCCACACCCCCGAGCGCCAACAGCCUCGCCUCAACAGCGAUGCCCGUCCCACCCCUGCCACUUGUGCUGGAGUGCACGACGCAGCUGACCGGCAUGUUGACCCAGUGGCGCAUGAGCAACGAGGGUGAACGACGUCGUCCACCACCACUCCCUCUCGCCCCAACACUCCCCUCCUCGUACAACCCACCUACUGGGCAGGGCAACGGAGGCAGUGCCGUGUCCCCAACGACAGCGGUGCGCGGCGGUGGGAGUGCGGUGCAACCGCUAAUGCCCGUUCCACAGUCAGUCGGUGACGGUAGUGCCACAGCCCCGCCACCGGCCCGCCCUUCGGCGCAGCGUGUCCUGCAGAUGAUGGACUUGGUUCUGUGGUACUGCCUGUCCACCGCUGAGGAUGCGGGGCUGGCGACCAGCGGUCGCUCAUGCGGGACGAGCGGCUUUGCGACCCCGGCACAUCCCGGUGGCGCCGUCACCGCGGCUGGAGCGGUCUUCCAUCAGGGUCUGGCCGGCGGGAGCAGCAGCCCGUUUGGCCUUCGUGGCGGCGGUGGCGGCCGGUCAGGCAGCGCCUCAGUUGCUGGUGGGCGUCUAGGCUCCGUUGGACGAAGCGGCAGCUGCACCCCGGACCCCCAGGCUGCGCAGGACUGGCUGGACGGCCGCAUGUCUUCCACGUGUCCGACUGCCGGAACGCCGACCAUCACCAUUACAGAUGACCAGUUGGCAGAACGGCUUUUCCGUCCUGCUGUGGAUGCCGUUGUACUCCUGCAAGGACCGCGCGACCAGCUGCUGCCUCCCUCAUCGUCAGCUUCAUCGUUAUCGCGCGCCCAGAGUAUGGGUAAGGCAAACCACAUCGACAGCAGUGCCGUCACCGACGUUUCGGGCGCAAGAAGUGGCCCAACACAACCACCUGCUGAGGCCGCCACUGACGACGACGACGCCACAGCGGUGGAGCUGCAGACGAUGGCGCUGUGGACCCUGGCUGCUGCCCUUGUGCGCUUUGCCGAUGCCCCAUUCAACGCCACCGUCUUCCUCCCUGUGUUAUUCCCGCAGGUGGACGUGCGCAGCCUGGCUGGCGCAGCGGUGCGGCACCCUCUUCUGCACCCUCUCCUCCACGGGGACCCACACAAUACUUCGCUUCGAUGUGGUGCAGCAGCGGCUCUGACGGCGCUUCUGCACAAGCUUCGGCCUACGCUACAGUACGCCGAGGAGCCACAGCAGGGCCGCCAAGCAGCCUUUCUCUCCCUUGCUGCCCAGUGUGGCACGAUGUUGGCCUCACUUCACGAGAGCCUGUGGUGGGGGCUGGACCAGUUACAACAGCGGGAGCCACAGAGCGCCGGUGCCGACUCUGUGCCAUCGGCUCCGUCGUCAGCAGCUGCCAUGCCGCUCCUCAGCACGUACGCGACGGUUGUGGCGGUCACGCCGUACCACCGUUGCUUUCGCUCACGCGUGGUCGUCCUGCAGACACUGCAGCUCCCCGUGAUGCACUUCUUCCUCGCCCACGACGAGGCUGGCGCGUUCAUGCCAGCGACUCAGCUCGUGUCAAGCAUCUUGAAGAAUGAGACGCUGCGCGUUGCGAAGACGCCACUGCCUGCGACGGCUGAGUCGCGGGCUGCAGAGCAGGGUCACGGCAAGGACUGUGAAAUACCAGACACGGGAGGCGACAGUAAUGUCAUUGCUGCGAACUUCCUUCCGGCGUUGCUGAGCCACGCCGAUACCCGAGUCGAGGUAUGGCGCUGCAUGGUGCCCCUCUCUCGGCUGUAUCCGCGUCUGGUGCACAACGAGUUUGAGGCGUUGAUGGCUGCCUCGGUGAAGGUGGUGUCGACGCUCAUGGCGUGGGAGGUCGCUGAGGUAGCAGCGGAGGCGGCUGCAAUGGCGACCGCCUCUGCUGUCGUGGAGGCUGAGAGUGAUGCUACUUCGAGCCGGCAGUGGGCUGCGCCGUCCGCAUCCGCUACGCUGGCACGCCCUGCGCAGCCCACUGCCGAGGGCGGCGGCAACAGUGCCAAGGAGCCUAGCGUACCGCCAUCGAUGUACAGGGAGGAGGGCAGUGCUGGUCUGGAUGCUGGCACUGCGUCGCCGUUGCCGCAGCGCAGCCACGUGCCAACAUCCUCACUCGACGCCUUCGCGGAAUGCCUGCGCACGUGGUUGCACUACAUGGGCUACAUAUGGAAGGCGUUCGACGAUAACGCCAGCGACCCAGCGCAGCGACCGGAGGGGCAGCUGUACCGAGCCACGCUGGCGCACAAGCAGCGCAUCCACGAGGAGUUGCUGCGGCCUGCGAUGCGGCUGCGUCGAUGCGGUGGGGACGUGCGCACGAUGACGCUUCGGUGUAUUGCGCAGAUCGGUAACGACUACGUCUCCACCGUGGCGGACCGCAGCUGGUGCGAGGAGUUUGUGUCGUAUGUGCAGUCCUCAGCAGCGGAUGCGCAGCCGCGGGUGCGCGGGGAGGCCCUGACCACUUUGGGUGUGUGGCUCUGGCAAUACACCUCCAUGGACGGCUUUGUCUUCAUCGCGAUCGACAGUGCCGUGCACGUACUUACGGCAGACCCCAACCCGGUGGUGCGCACCAAGGCGGCCUUUGCGCUUUCCAACGUGACAGGGCGGCUGUCAGAGGGGUCGUGCGCGGUGGUGCGCGACUCACCGGACUACAUCACGACACUCUGCGGCACCGCAAUGCACGCGGCUGUGAUCGACACGGAGAGCGGCGUGCAAGGCCACGGCAUCCGCAUGAUGAACCACCUUCUCCAGGUCCUCACCUUCGAGGAACUGAUUAGCGAGGUGGAGGAGUUUGAGGAGGGCGUUGCAGAGGGCUUCCUGCGCGUUUUGCUGGAGUGCCUGCGUGCCAAGACGCGUGGCAGCCACGACAACGAGCAAGAAAGCGGUGACAGAGGUCGAGGAAGUGGUGGUGACGGCGUAGCUCCUCUGCGCUGUGCCGUUCCACAUGAGGCGAAGCACCGCUGGAACGCGGCGUGCGCUCUCGGCAUGGGGCUUGCCCGGGAGGUGGUAUUCGAAGCGGAGCCCAAGUACGCCGUGGAGGCUGUCGAGGCGCUCUGCACCGCUGUAGUGCGCGACCACAUCUUCAAGGUGCGCACUCAGGCUGCCAGGGCCCUUGGUCGCAUACCGGGCCACUGCUUGAGCGGCACCUACACGGCGACGGACAUGACAUCAACCGUUGUUGGCUCUCUCUGCAAGGCGCUGGAGACGGCGACAUCUACCGAGAACUUCCGGCAGUACAAGGAGCAGGGCUCACUGCACGAUGCUUUGCGCUCUGCUCUGGCGGUCAUGAUGACUUCCGCCACCCCCAGUAACGAGCUGGAGAAGGUGUUCACGAGCCACAUGAAGCUGUUGCAGAAGGAGGGGUUGUUGUAG